AUGCCAGCGACACGCGCUGAGCCGGCCACCACCAACGGUCACGAUGGCCACAGCCACCUUGCGCCGCCCUCAGGGAAAAAGGGCAAGGCGAAGAAAGGCGUCGACGCAACAAAUGGCGCCUCCAGACUCCUGGCGGAGCGCAUCUCGCAACUGGAGCAGGAUGCCGCGGGUGAGAAGGAUCAAGAGCUGGAAAUAGAAAGAGAAGUUAGGCGCGCAACUCGUGAUCUAUUGCAACAAAUGGCUAGAAUGGACGACUCACAAAAGAUUGACCAUCUGACGAAGCGGUCUAGCGAGCUGCUUGCCGAUAUGCGACGUUUAGAAAAGGAGAAUCAAAAGAAUAAGAAGCGCGGCGAUAUUCUCCAGAAAGAACGAGAUAUCAAUCGCACGGAGCUCAGCAAGACAAUAGGGUUGAAAGAGAAGCUGGAGAAGCUGUGUCGUGAACUCCAGAGGGAUAACAACAAGAUGAAGAACGAGAACAAAGAACUCCAAGCUAUACAAAAGCGCAAUGCCCUAUCAUGGGACGAGAAAUACGGCGCUCUGCUCUCGAAGCUUGAAUGCUCUCAAGAGGACAAGGACACUCCGCGCAAGCAAAUUGUAGAUAUGGAAAUGGAGGAGCUGUUCCGAGUACGCUUCAAAUCUUUUAUUGAGCAAUACGAACUCCGAGAGCUGCAUUUUCACUCCCAGAUGCGAACCAAGGAGAUUGAACUCCAAUACCAUCUCGCGCGCUUUGAGCGAGACAAGAAAGCCACCGAGACCGAGUUGACCAAGAUGCGCAAGCUACAAUCACAAGUACAGACACUAUCUAGAAGCGAGACGCAGCUUCGCGCGGAGCUUAAUAUGUACAUUGAUAAGCUUGGCGAGGCAUGUAAUGUGAAGGUAGCUCUUGAUCAACGGGAUGACAUGGUCGCCCGCCAGCGCAGAGAGAUGCAAGAACAGUCGAAAAAGUGCAAGCGGUUAGACAAGGAGAACGAGGCACUUAAGCGCCAAAAGGAGGCUACGGCGGCCAACAUUAUUCGCAUGGCAGAAGAGAGACAGCAAUGGAAGAGCCAAAUGGACGCCGCCGAAAAGAAGACACAGAAGCUUAUGAGCAUCAUCCAACAGAUGCAGCAACAGGGUCGUAAAGUCCCAACGGCAAUGGCGUCGACGUUAGAAAACUGUAUCAACAAUGAGGACCCGGCUGAGGACGGGGAAGAUAGCGACUACUCUGAAGAGGUCGAGGAGGGUAGCGAUCUCGACGACACAGAGGAGGAGACGCCGUUACAAUCACGCUCACAACCGCCACAAGCUGGGCCUGCGACGAUUAAAGUACCGUACGGGCCGGAGCGCCCUCCCAGACCGCCCGGCAGCGCCGCUAUCAAUGGACACUAG